AUGGACAGUGACACUAAUGUGGAAUCUAUCACGUUAAUCCAGUGUUCCGUUUGCGGUCGUCAUUUCCGGGAAGACAUUAUUAACCGUCAUCAAUCAGUAUGUCUUAAAAAUACAACAAAAAAGAGAAAAGUUUUUGAUAGUACUAAACAACGUACCCAGGGCAUACCAAUUGCAAAUCAGAAAUCAUCUAUAAACGAUAAAUCAGCAGAAAAGGCAAGAAAACUCGCUCAAGUUGAAGCACGUAAACAUAACUGGCGACAAAAACAUGAAGAAUUUAUACAGUCUAUCAGAGCAGCUAAAGAGUAUACUAUUGCUAAACAGACUGGUAGACCUUUACCACCUCCACCUCCACCAACUAUUGAUCCAGAUUUGAUUCAAUCUAACAAUGCUACCACGACAUCUAGUGUAAAUACUGGAAUUGGUCGUGGACGUGUUCCCGCACGUACAUCACUUGCAGCAAAAGGUGAUGUUCCUCAAAAUACCACUACAAAUCCUUCUGGUUCACGACGUAUUCCAGUACCACAUACAACUACUGAAAGUGAUAAUCGACCCUCAGCUAACAGCAAUUUCAGUUCAGUACGAAAUGUAAAGCGUACAACACCACAGAUGAUGAAACCAGCCCAAACUAUAACAACUCCUGGUGCACGAAAUUCUCGUGACUUGCACAAAACUAAUGAUGAAAUGAUAAAACCACCAUCUAAUUCAUCAAAAGAAGAGACUGUACCGAAUUCUAACCGAGGUGUACCAACUAGUCAAACACGUCUACAAGCUAACAAAACUGCCAAUCAUUCACGGAACAAUUUAAAACCAACAACUGGAGCAAUGACCAAUGACAAGUCAAAUAAAUUCUGUUCUGAAUGUGGAAGUACAUUUCCAAGUACUGCUGCUAGAUUUUGUCCAGAAUGUGGAAUGCGUCGUAUGGGAUUUUAA